AUGGUAUCUCUGAAGCAAGAGUUCCAAUUUUACGAUUAUUUGGGACCAUUUGUUGUAAUAUCAUUAUUCGCCAUCGCUGUAUUAUUAAUUUCAUUCUUCAUCCUUAAUUUCUUCUUCAUUUCAAAAUACGAUGAACCAACCGUCUUCGAACGUAUUGCCUCGAAACAUAAUCUAAGGCUUGGACCACACAGUGUGAAAACUGUGAUAAGUCGUAAGCAGCGAUAUAUGAAGGAUAAUAGUAGUGGUAAUCCGGAUGGAUCAGUGAAUGAACCUCGAAAAGUUGUAUUCACAAAGGAACCGAAACCUGAAGUGAACAUCAAUUACACCUAA